AUGUCCAUCAGAGGCUUGUCAAUACCAUCCAGGACCGCAGUCCUGCACGCCAUAAAGCGGGCAUCCUUUUUCCUCCUGCCGAGCUUCGUUCAGACAAGCUUGCACCCACCCAGCCAACCGAAGCCUUCAAAGCCCAUCCAUCCAACAGCUUGGUUGGAUGGCAUGCGUGGUAUCGCCGCUUUUCUGGUAUUCAUCUUUCACAUUUCAUACGCCACACACGAUGUCGCCACCGCAUGGACCGAAGGACACCGCGGUCUCCUCCGUUUACCGAUACUCCGCUUCCUUUACCACGGUCCAGCGAUGGUCAGCAUUUUCUUCGUGCUCUCAGGAUAUGCCUUGAGCUACAAACCUGUCAAACAGAUGAGGAGUGGAGAGACUGACUCGCUGCUCAAAGGCUUGUCGUCGUCGGUCUUCAGAAGAGCUAUGAGAUUAUACUUGCCUUGUGUCGCAUCUACUUUGACGAUCGUGGUGAUCGUAAGGCUCGGGAUGUAUGAUUGGACAAGAGAGCUUGCCAAUGAUGGCAAGCGAUUGACCGGGUAUCGUGAUAGACACGCUUGGCGAUAUGACACUUUGGCAGAGCAGCUGGUGCACUGGGGGAGCAGUUUCCUUGGCUUCAUGAAUCCUUUCACAGGCAAGAGGAUGUAUCUUGAUGGACACUUGUGGACGAUUCCACUCGAAUUUAGAGCCUCCAUUGUUUUGUAUGCCACACAACUCGGAUUGUGUCGACUGAGGACCAGAUAUCGAAUGUUGAUCCUGCCUUGUAUAAUGGCUUGGGCUCACUACGCGGAUUACUGGGUUGUACUUCUCUUCUACGGUGGCUUCCUCUUGGCCGAACUCGAUAUUCGGCGCAGCGCACUCGCAGCGUCAAAGACCUUCAGCAAUACCCUCUCAUCACCAAAACCUAGCAUGCUUUGGUCUGUCUUCUAUACUCUGGUCUUCAUCGGCGGCCUAUAUCUUGGUGGUCAACCCGAACAACGUUGGGAGCACGCACCGGGGUGGAUGACACUAUGGUCCCUGAUCCCCUCAUAUAUCCACGACAGACAUCGAUACUGGACCGGGUGGGGCGCCCUAUUGCUCGUCUGGUCGACUUCCAACUCACCCAUGCUUCAACGCAUCUUCAAUAACCGCUUCACCCAGUACCUAGGCAAGAUCUCAUUUUCGCUAUACCUGGUACAUGGAUUUAUGAUCCACACACUAUACUACAGCCUGCUCCCGGUUGUUUGGAACAUAUUUGGCUCCGAAACUCAUGUGCAAAAGGAAGUCUCGUUUGGUGUUGCUUUGGGCAUAGUGUCUGUAUUCUUGGUAUGGGUGUCGGAUGUGUUUAUGCGGCUUGUGGAUAUGCCUUCGGUGAAGUUUGCAAGGUGGUUGGAGGGCAAGUGUGUGGCGAAAGCAAAAUCGACAAAAGAGGAACCGGCGUGGAGAGAAUCGAGCGCGAUGGUCUGAAGUCAACGCAAGAUUGAGAAAACUCACAUUUUGACAUGACAAGAACGCUUUUUG